AUGACCGUGCGCUACCCCUCCGACGACGUCGACCCGACCCCGCUCUCUCAACCCCUACAAUUCGCCUUCUCAGGCCGUACCGCCCCAAACCGUUUCCUCAAAUCCGCCAUGACCGAACGUCUCUGCACAUGGUCCUCAACCAGUCUCGCCGCCCGAGGGAUCCCGACGACGAACCUCGUGAACGUCUAUCGGCGUUGGGGCGAAGGAGCGGUCGGGGUGUUGGUUUCUGGGAAUGUUAUGAUCGACUAUGAGCAUAUCGAAGCUGCGGGGAACGCGAUCAUUCCAAGAGACGCGAAGUUUGAGGGGGAGAGGUUCGAAGGGUUUAGAGAUGUGGCGAGGGAGGCGAAGAGGUAUGGGAGUUUGUUGGUUGCUCAGGUCCCCGACACGAUGCAGGAACAUCCUAUCUCUGCGAGUGACAUUCAUUUGAAAGGCACAGCCCUGGGCUCGACAUUCGCUAAACCUCGCGCCGCGACACACGAAGAGAUCGCGAACGUCGUCCAAGGCUUCGCCCACGCCGCCGAAUAUCUCGAGCGAUCCGGUUUUGACGGUAUCCAGCUGCACGGCGCGCACGGCUACCUCCUCGCCCAAUUUCUCUCCCGAACGACCAACAAACGAACAGACGCCUAUGGCGGCUCCCUCCGCAAUCGUGCUCGCCUCGUCGUCGAAAUCGGACAAGCGAUCCGUAAAGUGACGUCUCCGAGAUUCAUACUCUGUAUAAAGCUCAACAGCGUCGAAUGGCAAGAGGGUGGGUUCGGUGUGGAUGAGGCGAGGGAGGUAUGCAAGAUCUUGGAGGAGAACAGGUUCGAUUUCGUCGAGCUUUCGGGAGGGACGUACGAGAAGCUCGUGUUUUAUCAUGAGAGGGAGAGCACGAAGAAGCGGGAAGCGUUCUUCAUCGAGUUCGCGGAGAAGAUCGUUCCGGGACUGUCGAAGACCAAGGUCUAUGUUACCGGAGGGUUCAAAACGGUGGGGGCGAUGGUGGAAGCUCUGAAUACCGUCCCCGGAAUCGGGAUCGCACGUCCGCUUUGUCAGGAACCGUUGCUGUGCAAGGAGAUUUUAGAGGGUAAGGUGAAGGGUGCGGUCGAGCAGAAGAUCGACUUGACAGAUGUUUCGUUGACGACUAUAGCGGCAGGGGCGCAGAUUAAGCAGCUAGGGAAGAAUCAGGAGCCUAUUGACCUGGGCGAGGAGAAGAAUGUCGAGGUUUUCAUGAGAGAGUUGAGCAAGUGGACGAAUGCCCAGAAGAACAAAGCGGAUGCAAGCGGUGGUCACAAGAAAGAAGCCGUUUAUGGAUUUAUGGACCUCCCUGGUCCAGGAAUCCCCGGAUAUGUCGAGGCGAAGUUGUAA